GUUGCCAACCAGCAGCUCACGGAGAAAAUAGCUAUGAUGGUAUUGGGAUGUACGGGGAGAGAAUUACGGAGCGGACGCAGAUGGAUGAAUGGUGGUGAUGGAACAGUAGGUCGGCUCAAAAUGAGGCGCCUUUGCUUGGCCAACGGGUUUCCGUUAGGCCGAUCUCUGAGGCAAAACACAACAACACACAAAACAACAAGGCAGACCAACAAUCCCCUCUCUCUCCCCCCCCCCCCCCCUCGCUUCUCUCCCAUCUCUCCGCAGCAUUUCCUAUUGCCGUCGACAUAGCCAUCUCUUUCUGCAGUUUCUUUACUGAGCGUUUCUGCGAACGAUCGGAUUGAGAAGCCGGAUCAAUGUGAAUGCAGGGAAUGCUAUUCUGAGCCGGACAAUGACCAAAAGCCACACGGACACUUUUCAGGGAGAGAGCGGGAAUCCCCAGCACCCCCAAGGGCCGGCCCGGCCCCCGGACAGCGCGCAUACCCGCGGUGGCAAUAAGGUUUUCAAGAGUGGGCCACUAUUUUUGUCAUCCAAAGGAAUUGGAUGGACAUCCUGGAAGAAAAGGUGGUUUAUUUUAACACGCACCUCAUUGGUCUUUUCAAGAAGUGACCCUAAUGCUGCUCCUCAAAAGGGGAGUGAGGUGAACCUGAUCCUUGGUGGUAUUGAUCUCAACAAUUCAGGCAGUGUUGUCGUGAAAGCAGAUAAAAAACUUCUGACUGUGCUCUUUCCUGAUGGUCGUGAUGGCCGAGCUUUCACACUGAAGGCUGAGACUUUGGAGGAUUUAUAUGAGUGGAAGGCUGCUCUAGAGGAAGCAUUGGCCCAAGCACCAAGUGCCACUCUUGUGAUGGGGCAAAAUGGCAUACUUAAUAAGAAUGAACAGGCUGAAUCUGAUGGUACUGCAGAACAACAGUCUAAGGAGAAACAGCCGGUUAAAUCCUUUGUCAUUGGUCGGCCAAUCUUACUUGCUUUGGAAGAUAUAGAUGGAACACCAUCUUUCUUGGAGAAAGCCCUUAGGUUUGUAGAAGAGCAUGGAGUCAAAGUAGAGGGGAUAUUGCGGCAAGCAGCAGAUGUUGAUGAUGUUGAACACCGGAUUCGAGAAUAUGAGCAGGGGAAAACUGACUUUUCUGUGGAGGAGGAUGCACAUGUAAUUGCUGAUUGUGUCAAGUAUGUUAUUCGGGAGUUACCAUCAUCUCCAGUACCUGCAUCUUGCUGCAAUGCACUACUGGAAGCAUGCCGAACUGACCGUAGCAGGAGAGUUGCAGCUAUGCGUGAAGCUAUAUGUGAAACAUUUCCAGAGCCAAAUCGCCGCUUAUUACAAAGAAUUCUUAUGAUGAUGCAAAAAGUGGCUUCUCACAAGAAUGAGAAUCGAAUGAGCUCUUCAGCUGUAGCAGCUUGCAUGGCACCAUUACUUCUUCGUCCCCUUCUGGCUGGUGACUGCGAACUUGAAAAUGACUUUGAUGUGGGCGGUGAUGGUUCUGUUCAACUUUUGCAAGCAGCUGCUGCAGCUAACCAUGCUCAAGCCAUUUGUAUAACUCUGCUAGAGGAGUACGACAGUAUAUUUGGGGAAAAUGCCAUGUCAACUGAACUAUACUCUGACUCAGAAGAAACUGGAACUGAUAGUGAGGAGUUGUCUGAUGACUAUGAUGAGGAUGAUGAGAUUGAAGAUGAUGGAGAUGAAGAUGGAACAGAGGGUUCUGAUGCAGAGUUAGAUGAAGACUCUGAACAUGCAUCAGAUGAAGCUCAGAAUAAGACCGGCAAAACUGGAGAUGAAGAACUUUAUAAUGAUAAGAGAUCUGAUGGACCUAGCUUGGAUUCCGAGUCCAAUGAAUCAAAUGAUCAACAUAAAGUCAAUCAGAAGUCGUCAUCAAGCUCUCAUCAAAGUUCCUCGGUCCAACAUGAUAAUGUACAAAUUAGUGAGGCUUUACCAGAUCAAAGUUACAAUGGUUCAGCAAUGCAGGCUAAUGAGUCUGCUAAAGCAUUAGGAGAUGAUCCUGCAGAGCCAGGCUUGAUACAUGAUUUAACUGAUGAGAGUUCAUCUUCACAUAUUCAGAAGUCUACAGCUAUAUCAGAUGAAGCAGCUCAUGGUGGACGGCGUACUGCUGCUGUAUGGGGGCGUGCCCCUGCAAAGAAGAACCUUUCAAUGGAAACUAUUGAAUUUUCCUGUGAAGAUGAGGCUGAGAUUGAGAGGCUUGAGGCAACCAAAAUUGAUUUGCAAAAUCAAGUUGAGGAAGAGGCUAAAGGAAAUGCAGUUCUACAAGCAAGUCUGGAGAGCAAAAAGAAUGCUUUGCUUGAGCAUCGUCUAGCUCUUGAGCAAGAUGUUGCAAGACUACAGGAACAAUUGCAGAAAGAGAGAGAGUUGAGGACUGUGCUGUUAGCUGGACUUAAAACGCCUCAAGGGUCUUAUCCUUUCUCAGCUUCUGUUGAUAAAAAGACUAAGGCUGAGCUUGAGGAAAUUGCCCGAGUAGAGGCAGAUGUCAUCAAUUUGAAACAGACAGCCGAUGAUCUUGGAGUGCAGCUUAAUCAACAACGUGAACAGAACUUUAGCCUGGCACAUGGCUCAGGCAAUCAACUUGUACAGACUCCAAAUCAUGAAUCAAAAUUGAAGGAGAAAGACAAGGAUAUUGAGACUACAUCUACUUUAUAUGGUUCAAAGAGGUCAACUAGAAGUAAGAAUGAUCAGUUGGAUAAGGUAGACAGUGACAGGGAGAUACAGGAGGACUUUCCAAUCUCAGGAAAUAAGAAUUUCCCUCAGAACCAGCAGUCGGAUCCAGUUCACAACUCCAAAUAUGUUGGGACUACAGGCACUUUAUCUUCUGCAGAGGCACUGACAGGCAGGGUGGCUUCUGUCUUGUCGAAGAAGUCAGGUAUAAGGGGUGAGGGGGCUAACGCUUCAUCUGCACUAUCAAGGCUGACAAAUCGACUCAACUUCUUGAAGGAACGACGCAGCCAAAUUGCUAAUGAACUCCAAAAUAUGGACUUAGAACGCAAUUCAGGGCUUUCUGAUCAAAGCCAUGAAAAAAGUAAGGGUUCAGAAUCACGCCAAUCAGGCCUAAACGUAGACAAGCUUAGGCCAGCAGAUGGUCGGUCAGUCUACAACUCCGAAAAGGGCUCAGGACUAGGCAGCAGUCAAUCCAUCCAGAAUGUAGACUCUGCACAAACAGCAGAGGGCCAUCAAGAAGAAAAUAAGGAAAAGCAUAGGAAAUCCUCUUGUCGGUCACACCGAGCGACCCAAAACUCUGAUAGAGGAAAGGCAAAAGAUCAGUCAGCUCCAAACCUGGAAAGAGGAAAAUCUGAAAGCUUCCCCAAUGUGGACAAAGGGCGAAGGCCAGAAGUCCCUCCAAGGACAUAUUCUAGAUGAUGCAAGUUUUCUCUUUCAGCAUUAUCAGCUUAUCUCACUGUCAAUUUUCUCAAUAAGGAUCAGACAGUUUGAGGAAGAUGAAUGAGCUGUUGGAUUGAGGUAAUUUGUAGGGACCCAAAAAAAUUGAUUUUGAUGAUCAUAUCUAAAGUAGCCGCUUCUGAAUUCAGACCGGAACUGCCCCUCCACAAAACCGGGAAGUAGAAGAAGAAGAAGAAGAAAGGGCCCAUGAUGUAUGUACAGAUCAUUUGCCUCCCCUGAUGAAAGUUGAAUUCUUUUGAAAUCAUGGUUUUUUGGGUUUUUCACUUGUUCACAGACAUGGUAGGACUUUUUGUAAUUAUUAGUGUUCUAUUAUGCAAGAUAUUUUGUCUACUGGUGGUCUAAGUGAAGCAGCCCUACACUGGAAUCUUCUCUGUUGCGAAAAUAGUCUUGUAGUCAGGUACCAAGUGUUGGAUAUUCAUCCUGAUGAUAUUAGGCCAUGUACGAUUUAUUCCUUGAGAAAUGGAACAACUGACUUUCAAGAAAUAAUUGUUCCCUAAUUAACAGGUGUGUGGAAUAACUGUACUACUUUCCCUUGGAGCUGGGCAUGCAAUGUAAGAUUUAAUAAUAAUCAAAGGAAGAAGAUCUAACGGAAGCUUGAAAAGUGGGUGUGAAUUUUGGGAAAGUUUCAUCAAAUUUCAGAGGCUCCCCACCUUAAAAGACAUGUGAAAUCAGGUGGUGUUGAUU